AUGCAGAUUUUUGUGAAGACCCUCACUGGCAAGACCAUCACUCUUGAGGUCGAGAGCUCUGACUCGAUUGACAAUGUCAAGCAGAAGAUUCAGGAUAAGGAAGGUAUUCCUCCGGAUCAGCAGCGUUUGAUUUUCGCUGGUAAGCAGCUCGAGGAUGGCCGCACCUUGUCGGACUACAACAUCCAGAAGGAAUCCACCCUUCACUUGGUCCUCCGUCUUCGUGGUGGUAUCAUUGAACCUUCCUUGAAGGCUUUGGCUUCCAAGUACAACUGCGACAAGAUGAUUUGCCGCAAGUGCUAUGCUCGUCUUCCUCCUCGUGCCACCAACUGCCGUAAGAGAAAGUGCGGCCACACCAACCAACUCCGUCCCAAGAAGAAGCUCAAAUAG